AUGGCAGCAAGAACUGGUAAAACUCGUUGUAUUACAUGCGAUCAAGAGAAAACGGCUGUUACAUGUGAAGGUUGUUUACAAUUAUUUUGUUAUGAUCAUUUAACAGAACAUCGGCAAGAAUUAAAUAAACAAUUACAUCAUAUUGCACAAAAUUGUGAUCAUUUUCGUCAAAUACUUAAUGAUCAAACAACAAAUUCUCAAAAAGAUUCAUUUAUAAAACAAAUCGAUCAAUGGGAGAAAGAGUCAAUUCGAUAUAUUCAUCAAACAGCAAAUGAAUGUCGACAAACAUUAAUUCAACAUACAAUUAAAAAUAUCCAUCAAAUUGAAAUUAAUUUAGCUAAAUUAACUGAUGAAAUAAGAGAAAUUCGUCAAGAAGAUGAUUUUAAUGAAAUUAAUUUAAAUCAAUUUAAUGAAAAACUACAUCAGUUACAAGAACAACUUGAACAACCAACUGAUAUAUCAAUUCAACAAGAAGAAACAUCAUUUAUCGAUAGAAUUCGUGUUCUUGUAUCAUCGGGAAAAUUUACAUCUGCGAAGCAUAUUCAUAGUAAUUCGAAAUGGCAACAAGAUGGUUUAACACUUGCUGGAGGAAAUGGUGAAGGUAAUCAAUUAAAUCAACUUUAUUAUCCUGAUGGAAUUUGUGUUGAUGAUGAAGAACGAAGAAUAUUUGUAGCAGAUUCAUCAAAUCAUCGUAUUGUUGAAUGGAAAUUUGGUGCUAGUAAUGGUAAAGUUGUUGCUGGUGGAAAUGGCUGGGGUAAUGGUUUAGAUCAAUUGAAUUGUCCAACAGAUGUAAUUCUUGAUAAAAAUAAUGAUUCACUUAUUAUUUGUGAUUAUGGAAAUCGACGCGUGAUACGAUGGUCAUGUUUAAAUUGGAGAAAUCAACAAACAAUUAUUUCCGAUAUUGAUUGUUCACAAUUAACAAUCGAUAAUAAUGGAGAUCUUUAUGUAUCAGAUUAUGAAAAACAUGAAGUUCGACGAUGGAAACAAGGAGAUAAAAAUGGAACAAUUGUUGCAGGUGGAAAUGGAAAAGGAGAUUAUCUUAAUCAAUUGAAUUAUCCAACAUUUAUUUUUAUUGAUCAAGAAUAUUCUGUUUAUGUAUCCGAUUCAGGUAACGAUCGUGUAAUGAAAUGGGAAAAAGAUGCUAAAGAAGGUAUUAUUGUUGCUGGUGGACAAGGUCAAGGAAAUACACUUACACGAUUAUCAAAUCCUCAAGGAGUUUCUGUUGAUCUUAUGGGCAAUGUUUAUGUUGCUGACUCAUGGAAUCAUAGAAUUAUGCGUUGGCAAAAAGGAUGUCGUGAAGGUAGUAUUAUUGUUGGUGGUAACGGAUAUGGCCAACAAUUAAAUCAAUUUGCUUAUCCUCAUGGUUUAACAUUUGAUCAACAAGGUAAUCUUUAUGUUAUUGAUUGUGAUAAUCAUCGAUUACAAAAAUUUGAUGUUAAUAUUUAA